AUGUUUCCUAGCGAUAGAACUACAUCUCCUUGUUUAUCUAAGUCCAAUAGUGAUUUACCUCUUUCUGGGAAGUCUGAUGACCCCAUUAGCUGUUAUCUUGCCCGUUCAAAAACAAGCGAAGAAAUAGGGUUAUCGUUAUCUGAUCAAAAAAGAAAUGGUAAGUUCGAUCACUCUCGAGUUAGUCGCGGAUUUAGUUCGGUUGAUUUGAAUGGUAAUGAUCGGGUUGGUAGUAAUAAGGGUAGUUGUUUGAGUAAAGAACUAGGUAGUGGUGGUAAGUCGAGUGUGGGGUCAGUAGUUUCAUUGGGAAGUUUGGGUCAUCUUAAUGAAGUUGCCGGGAUAAUUACAAAUCCAAUCCAGGCCCAAUCUAGACCAGAGGAUGAGGAUGAAAAACUAAUUAACAAGAUCUUUGAUAAGACUAAUCAAAAACUAAUUAACAAAAAGAAUGUAGGUAGUACUCGGCCGGCGAAUAGUAAGUCUAAACAGAAGAGUAGUCAGGGUGGACCAAGUAGUUCUCCUUCUCACUUAAGUUUGCCCCAUAUAACUGUCCUGCCUAGUACUCGUUCUGGCCCACUAAACAGUUCUAAGCGGUCCAACUCUAGUCCGCCGUCUAAUCCCAUGUCUAGCUCGUCUCCUGCUUCUACCAAAGCACCGACAGUUCACUCCAAACCAACCCAACCCAAAGUGCUAACUAGUAAUUCAAAACAAUCCACCACUUCAGGCCAGAUAACUUCUAGUUCCAUGGUUAAACCCCGAUCGAAAGCCAAAGCCAAAUCUUCUACUACUCAACCAAACCUAGCCACUUCGCGACCAAGUCAGCAACACCAAUCAGAGUCGGCCACUCUCUCGGUCACGCCUUCAACCUCAAGUAGUCUAGAGACAGUCCUUACUAGGUAUGUUCAGGCCAACUAUAUUCUGCAGAAGAAGAAGUUCGUCUUUCUCCAGGUGGUAACUAUUGAGCCAGUUUUAGCUAAGACUCAGUUCAAGCAGUGUAUCUAUAAACGCCUUCUCAAAUCAGAAACGGGGCUGUAUACCUGGGUGAACCGACACACUUUGGUUUUUGCCGUGCAAAGAUCUGUCCUUGAAUCAUUACUGCCACGUCUUCUGGCGUUUGGCUCAGUAGAAAUCAAGCCCAAUCCCCUCUUACAAACCAAGUAUACUCCCGCCCAAAUGCUCAACUUAAUCAAAACAACGGCUCGUAGUGAUGCUGCGUUCUGGAAAGAAACUCCGUCUUUUAUUGGCAAACUGGCCCAAGAUAUAACCCAGACUACUUCUCUUCUCUCUUUCUAUCAGUGUAUAGACAUUGAAGAGUCCGACUAUGAAGGUCUAGGACCAAUUACUACGGCCUUACUAGAAGCAUAUCGAUCAGCCCAAGCCCUCAACCAACCAGUCCCUAAACCUACUACCCCCAGCUAA